AAGAAACUAACCUUACUUAAUAAACGUCAACGUCAGAAUUAUUUGCGAAAUUUGUUUUGAAUGCAAAUUACUGGUGAUUUGCGUUAAUAAACGUGUUAAUUAUGGCGGAUUAUUUCGGAGAAAUGGGCUGGACGCCUUUGGAAGACGGCCAAGCGCCCGAUCAUUUUUUACAUUUCGCCCGAUUGCUCAGAGAUUUCAAUAUGUUCGACGAAUUGAACGCCAUGAACGGGGCCAAAUUGGCCCCUCCCGCGUCCAAAAGCGCCGUCGAAGCCCUACCGGACGAAAGCGUCACUGCGAAAGAUUCGCAAUGUCCGGUUUGUUUGAAAGAACAUGUACAGGGUGAAACUGCUAAGAAAUUACCUUGCGGGCAUUUGUACCACAACGAUUGCAUCUUGCCUUGGUUAUCGAAGACGAAUUCGUGUCCAUUAUGUCGCCACGAGUUGCCCACAGAUGAUGAGGAUUACGAGGCGUGGAGAAAGGAGAAGAAGCGAGCCAAAGAAAGGGAGAUUGAUAUAGAAAAUCUGCAUAAUUCUAUGUUUUCUUGAGAAAUUUUGAAUGUUAUAGGGUUUUCUAUCGUUUUUUUCAUGGUGAAAGAAGGGAAUCGUUCAAAAGGGAAAAGGAAAUCGCCAUUUUGAAGUCAUUACAUUUUAUAAAAAAUACAUUAAUUAUAGCUAAAACGACAUCAAAUACGAUUAUGUAUGGAAUAUAUUCUACAAUA